AUGCCAAUACGGUUCCCCGACUGUGAGAACGCCUACUUGGAGUUUGAGAAGGACCUUGCGCUGAGCUGGAUUAUGAUUGAACCGCUGCUUAGACGACAGGCAGUGAACCUCUCGAGCCAUAAGGUAAUGUCAGUUCAGCGACACUGGCUGAGUGGAGAGAUACACGUACGUUUCGCGACGAUCCUGAUCGAUGAAAGAGGAUCCUCAUUGGAGUUCGUAGAGUGCGGGGUUGUGGUAAGGUGCAGCGGGUCGGAGGGAAAGGACUUGCAGUUGAGGGAGGUAAGCUUGCAGGUGAAAAACAUGGAUGUGAAGCAUUUGAACGGAAGGAUAGUUUGGCAAUACUUCGGAGAGUGUUGGAGGGCAAAAAGGGAGGGAAGAGGAGGAGGGAAGGAAAAUGUAUCAAGACUAUUUUAA